AUGAACUCUGAGAAAAAGAGGUUCAAGUCAUGGAGGGAAUAUAAAGAAAAAAAUCCAUAUAGAGAAGAAAAUCCUUAUCUUUUAAAACGAGAACAAACCCCGUACCACAAAAAAAACCCAUAUAUUAAGAAGAAAGAUGUUUUGGCUGAUAGAAACGUUGAUAUCAAGAUCGCUGAUCCAAUAUUAACAAACACCGAGUGUCCUACAUAUACGGAAAGCGAUCGUUUCCGUCUAAAAAAUAUUCCCAUUCGUAAAGACAACCCCUAUGCAAAUUGGAAGUUUUCGGUUGUCAAGGACAUAGAUCCAAAUCAUGAAGCGAAGUGUCUUAAGACAAAUUAUAAUGGACAAAACAUACGAAUUGAUUCGUUUACUGUUAUGCCUAAGCCGGUAAAUAAUGAGUAUUUAAUUGAACUUGAUUGGAAGCUUAAUGAGGAGUUUAUUGAUGCUGUAAGAAUUGAACAGGGGGCUAUCGAUGACGCGAAUGAAGCUAAAAACACCGAUGUUGACAUUAAACAUAAGGAUAAGCAUGACAAAUUUAAUAAGAAUGAAACAAAUGAAAGUGAAAAAUCAUGUGUGACGUGUGCUGUUACGGAUGACGAUCCGAAAUUGUUGUAUAGCUAUGAUGAAUCUGAGGAACUUAGAGAAGCUAUUGAAAUUGCGGCAAAAGCAACGGUGAUUGAACACGAUAACCCAAUUAUUUCCAAUCAAAAUAUAAUCACCGACGCAAGUUAUGAUGAUCAGGUUUCAAAUACACCUAAUUUUAACAAAAAAAUUGAAGCACUUAAAGAACAACUUCAUCUUUUGUUUAAGUUAGAGGAAUCAAAUCUAAAUAAAGAAAUAGUAGUAACAAAUGAUUCAAACAACAUCCAGAUAUCAAAAUCAAAAGAGAAUAUAAAGCAAACGAUAGAAAAAAAUAAGAUGGAUAAAAAAACAACGGUUGAAAACAAUCGGGAUGCAAGGGAGUCCGAUAAAUUAUUGCAUUUCGUAAGAAGUCAGUUCGUAACUAUCGAUGAAAAAAAGGUUGAACGACAAGGGCCACAAAUUACGAUCUCACAAAGCCAGACCAAGGAGAAGUAUUCUUCUCAAUUAAACAUAAAAUUCAACGGAAAGAUUGAUUAUGAUCAUAACAUAACAACUAAGGCAUCGAAACUCCCAGACAAUGCGCCAACGUUUAUUUUGGUCGGUGAUCGAUUUGUCCGUGAGGAUAAGGUUUUAAUAGAUCUGGAUACAAGUGAUUUGGCUCCCAUAAAUAACUCAUGUAGUAUUAUAAAACCGUCACAGGCGGGGCUACCACCUGAACUUCAGGAAAUCGAUUAUGAAGGAUGGUAUAUGCAGCAAAUAGUAGAAGAAUUCAAAAAUAACCUCAAAACUAAUAAUGGCCAACCUAAAGCUAAACCGAUCGGAUCUUUAUUAGAAGAGUUUGAUUUGAUAUAA